AUGAUACAAGUAAAAAAGCACAACCAGUUUAAUACUGCUACUCCCUAUUUUAAAAUGCUAAAACGCGACUUUCCAGUACUCGUAUUCUCCUUAUUUAUCCUCAUUGGCUUCUUUGUCUUUAUGAGACAUGCCUUUCGUGCCAGCAUUGCCAUACAAGAGGGUAUAACAUUCAGUAAUAUACAACAAUUAAAUAGAACUGCUGACGAAGUCUUCUUCGGCGAUGAGCUAUUCGAGAAAGAGUUGCAACGUCGCAAAUUAGCCGAACCCGAUGACAGCCGUGAAUUGGAAGUGUUAAUCGUAACACCCUCGCUGGGAGAAGGUAUUAUAGAAGAGGACUUGAAAUCGAAAGAGGCAGAUUAUGUACAGCAACAAAAUAAAGUUAUUGAAGAAGAACUUUUCGAGGAGGAACCAAAUGAUAGUGAAGCAUUGAGAGAGUUGGCGCAGAAGUCCACACUGGGAGAACGUUUGAAGGAAUUGCUGCAUUGUGUUGAUCGUCCGUUGAAGUUGGAGAAGAUACAGUAUGGCAAGUAUUGGUUGGUGCAAAAUUAUAUACGUGGCGAAGUGAGCACAUGGAUAGGUUGUGCCGAUAGUAUUACAUUGACCACAAAUGGCGAUUAUACAUUCUUCGAUAGUUUGCCAGUUCUGAUUGAACGUUGGCAAGCUCCCCUGAGUUUUGCACUCUUCGCGCCCGGCUACGAUUUCGAUGUCACCUUGAGUUGCAUUCAAUUUGUGCGAAAUUGUCUACCUGAAAGUCAGUACAUACGAGAUUAUGUCACUUUCCAUAUUUACUUUCCGGCAACCGAUAUGCCCAAGUAUAUACCGCUGACUGAGGAGGAAGCCUUGCGCUGGCCUUACGAUUGUGAUGACGUACCGCCAUAUGAAAAUGUCAAUCGUACUGCGAUGUACAAGACGCGGCACAAUAUGACUUAUCCUAUCAAUGUUGGACGUAAUAUAGCACGCAAAGCUGUCAAUACACAUUUUAUUUUCGCAUCAGAUAUUGAAUUGAUACCAUCGCCUGAUUUACCGCGCCUCUUUUUGGAGAUGGUCGAGCGCAAUCGAAGCGUAUAUUUGGAGGCCAAUCCGAAUCGCGUCUUUACAAUUCCCGUUUUUGAGGUAACCAAGGAGAGCGAAGUGCCUGAAAAUAAAACUUAUUUAGUAGAAAUGUUGCGCAAUAAAACCGCGAUACAUUUUCAUUCAAAUUUAUGUAAACUGUGUCAUUUGGUGCCAAUGCAAAGCAAAUGGGAAAAUGCUUCGGAUGCUGAAGAGUUAACUCUUUUUUCGCAAACAAAGCGAGAAGGAAAUUUCAAGAUCUGGGAACCUUUCUACAUAAGCGAUAAUCACGAGCCCGUAUUCGAUGAGCGUGUGACAUGGGAAGGACAAUCGAAUAAGCGGAUACAGGGCUAUGCCAUGUGCUUACUGGGAUAUGAUUAUUUCGUACUUCAUCCGGCAUUUUUGGUUCACUCGCCGGGUAUAAAAUAUUUCGUUAGAAAUUCUCCACGUCUCAAAUAUGUACCAGGCACGAAUAGACUCAUUAAGAAUGUAAUACAACCGGAGUAUAAAAUUUUAUAUGGCAUCAAUAACAAAUGCCGAACGUGAUAUUUAAAUAUAAAAAACGUGUAUCUAUUUAUAAUAAGAAUUUUUCGCCUAGCUUUCAGUUGUAAUUUUAGUACUAAGCAUACAAUUACUGUAUUUAAUAAAUUAACUAAAAAACUUUUAGAUAUUAUUUGAAA